AUGCUGCUGCGCUACAGUCUGAAGCUCAAAUGCUGUUGGACUAGCUGUCGGCACCCACGUGUUCUAUAUGCCUAUGGCAUUGCCUGCGAGUAUUUGCUCUGCGAGCUCAUGGGUGGUUCCUUGGAAGAUGCCCGGUACUGGAAUGCGCCAUUGCCUGCACCAUUGGUUGUGACAACCAUGUCCGAGAUUUUGGAAGGCCUUGCCCAUCUUCAUCGUCUGUCAGUUGUCCACCGGGACAUCAAGCCCGAGAAUAUCAUGGUUGCAAACAGCGCAAAAGCCCCCUUUGGCUGCAAAUUGGGUGAUUUCGGAUUAGCUGUGAGGUUGACGGGUGCGUUGACGCAGAGGGUCGGGACAGCAGGAUUUACAGCGCCCGAAAUGCUCUUGAACACGGGCUACGCAACUGGUGUGGAUGUGUGGGCGUGCGGCCUUACUGGCUUUUGGCUGCUUUACGGCCGGUUACCUUGGGACGCGAAACUGAAGCUCGUGGACGAGAUACAGCGCAAGCCCAUCGGGCCUUAA